AUGGAAAGGCUAAAGCCGGGGGGCGCCCAGGAACUCCAGCAACCCCUGCUCGCUCCCGAGAUGCACCGCGCCAUCUUCGCCCCCCUCCUCCGACCUGCUGAGUGCGCCGCCCCAGACCCCCCAAGGUCCCGGCCCGCCACCUGCCCCCUACCCACCUUUUCCUCCCGGGGCCCCCGCAGGCCCAUCCUUCGGCACCGUCGCACCGCCGCCCUUUCAGCAGUGGCCGCGCAGCGCGACGCCGAGACCCGGAAGGACGUGCAGACCUACGGGCAGGUGCUGAAGGGGCAGGUGCUGAAGAAAUCGGCAGACCUCUAGACCAGUGCCUGUGUCACUGUAAUCAGGAGGGUCCCAACCUUCCUGGAAGCCCUGAAGGAUGUACAGGAGGAGGUGGCCUUGAGGUAUUAUGGUUGUGGUCUGGUCGUACCUGAGUGUCUAGAAAACUGGCUGGGUAGUGGAAGUGGGAGAGAUUGCUAUGCACUUAGCUGGUGGAUGCUAUCAAAUUAUGUCUUUAACCUUGUGCCUGAGAAAGAACAAGUGCUACAGGAGGUAUAUUGAGUGCUAAAACAUGGUGGGGAGCUAUAUUUCAGUGACGUCUAUGCUAGCCUUGAAUCACCAGGAGAAAUCAGGAUACCCGAAGUUUUAUGGGGAAAUGGGGGCAACUGUUCCAGAGCUACUGGCCCCUUGAUCCCCUACCAACCAUCGUUGUGUUCUUUAUCCCUUUAUUGUCAUUUUAAUGGGGUCUCUGGAGGUGGAGGAGAUGAUUGCUUCUGCAUGGAAAGUGAAAUUGUUGAAGUGGAUGAAGAAACAGCAGCUAUCUUGAAGAAUUCACCAUUCGCCCAAGAUUUUCUGAUCAGGUCAAUUGGGGAAAAGUUUUCCACAUCUGGAUGUUGUUCUGCUUUAGAAUCAAAGAUCCAUUCAAGCUUGCAGAAGAGUCUGACAAUACCAAGUCCAGAUGCACUGCCCUCCCCCCCCCUGCCCCGCAAUGUUUCUGGAGGCUGCUGUAGCACAAAGAAAAGCUACCAAAUCUACAACUGAUUGGAAGACAUAACCAGUAGUGAGCAGGAGGCUUACAAAUGAGUUGCAUAUGCUUCUUAGCCUGCUCAUCCCCAUAGAACAAAACAUAAGAAAGAAUAAAUGGCAAGAAGGCAUCAUAUUCUAGGUCACUUAUAAAGACAAAUGAAUUCUUUUUAAAAGAUUUUAAUUGAAAAUUCACAACGAAUCACUUAAAGACUGAGCAGAGUUUUUCUAUUUCUUAACUUAUUCAAAGUUUUGGUGCCACUUAGUGGUCAGAAAUGGAUCUGAGAGGCAGACGUAAGGCUUGGUCAAUAAGCAAGAAGGGCUUCAGAAAUAACAGUUGGCAGAGGGUCUCAGAAAAAAAAAAAAAAUCUAACCUGCAUAGCACCUUUUGAACUUUUUGCCACCUUUGCUCAUUAAA